GCCGCGUCACGUGGGCCAGAGAAAGCCGGCCUCUCUGUGGGCAGCCGCCGGGCGAGAGCCUCCUCUGCUGCCGUCGCCACGCCUAACGAAGCCCGAGAGUGGCAGGAGGAGCGGGGAAAGGACGGAGGGCGGCGGCGGCGGGUGGCCGGGCCAUGGAGGCGCAGUGAGCGCGGUCGGGGGCGCCUGGCGGGAGCAGGAGGCGAGGGAGGGGAAGAAGGCAGAAGGAUCCGCGGCGUCUCUCUCCUCCUCGGUGGCCGCGGCCCCGCUCGCUCUUCCCCCCGCUCAGGAUGUCGCGCUCGGUGCUGCAGCCCAGUCAGCAGAAGCUGGCCGAGAAGCUGACCAUCCUCAACGACCGCGGCGUCGGCAUGCUCACCCGCCUCUACAACAUCAAGAAGCAAGGACAAGUAUGGAAGGCAUGUGGAGACCCAAAAGCAAAACCAUCGUAUCUUAUUGACAAAAAUCUGGAAUCAGCUGUCAAAUUCAUUGUCAGAAAAUUUCCAGCAGUCGAAACACGCAACAACAAUCAACAGCUUGCUCAGCUCCAGAAAGAGAAAUCUGAGAUUCUGAAGAACCUGGCUUUAUAUUACUUCACAUUUGUUGAUGUUAUGGAAUUUAAGGACCAUGUCUGUGAACUGCUGAACACUAUUGAUGUUUGUCAAGUCUUCUUUGAUAUUACUGUAAAUUUUGAUUUAACAAAGAACUACCUAGAUUUAAUUAUAACCUACACAACGCUAAUGAUAUUGCUGUCUCGGAUUGAAGAACGGAAGGCAAUCAUAGGAUUAUACAACUAUGCUCAUGAGAUGACUCAUGGGGCAAGUGAUCGGGAGUAUCCACGUCUUGGCCAGAUGAUUGUGGAUUAUGAGAAUCCUAUGAAGAAGAUGAUGGAGGAAUUUGUACCGCAUAGUAAAGCUCUUUCAGAUGCCCUAAUAUCACUCCAGAUGGUCUAUCCUCGACGAAACCUCUCAGCUGACCAGUGGAGAAAUGCACAACUCUUGAGCCUCAUCAGUGCCCCUAGCACAAUGCUUAAUCCUGCACAGUCUGACACAAUGCCAUGUGAAUACCUCUCUCUGGAUACAAUGGAGAAAUGGAUCAUUUUUGGAUUUAUUUUGUGCCAUGGAAUCCUGAACAGUGACACAACUGCUUUGACCCUUUGGAAGCUUGCUCUUCAAAGCAGCUCUUGCUUGGCUCUGUUUCGGGAUGAAGUUUUCCACAUUCACAAAGCUGCAGAAGACUUGUUUGUCAAUAUAAGAGGCUAUAACAAACGUAUUAAUGACAUAAGAGAGUGCAAGGAAGCUGCUGUAUCACAUGCUGGUUCAAUGCACAGAGAAAGACGCAAAUUUUUACGGUCUGCACUGAAAGAGCUAGCUACUGUCCUGUCAGAUCAGCCAGGGCUGUUGGGUCCCAAGGCACUUUUUGUUUUUAUGGCAUUAUCCUUUGCCCGAGAUGAAAUUAUUUGGCUUCUUCGACACGCAGAUAACAUGCCUAAGAAGAGUGCAGAUGAUUUCAUAGAUAAGCACAUAGCAGAGCUGAUUUUCUACAUGGAAGAGCUUAGAGCGCAUGUACGAAAAUAUGGCCCAGUUAUGCAAAGAUAUUAUGUGCAAUACCUUUCAGGCUUUGAUGCAGUUGUCUUGAAUGAACUUGUACAGAAUCUUUCAGUGUGUCCUGAAGAUGAGUCCAUCAUCAUGUCCUCAUUUGUAAAUACUAUGACCUCCUUAAGUGUGAAGCAAGUUGAAGAUGGGGAGGUGUUUGACUUCAGAGGAAUGAGGCUUGAUUGGUUUAGAUUACAGGCCUACACCAGUGUGUCCAAGGCUUCGCUUAGUCUUGCAGACCACAGAGAACUUGGAAAGAUGAUGAACACAAUCAUUUUCCACACAAAAAUGGUAGAUUCCUUGGUGGAGAUGUUGGUGGAAACAUCUGACCUUUCUAUAUUUUGUUUUUAUAGCCGGGCAUUCGAGAAGAUGUUUCAGCAAUGUUUGGAACUUCCCUCUCAGUCCAGAUAUUCAAUUGCAUUCCCACUACUUUGCACUCACUUUAUGAGCUGUACCCAUGAGCUGUGCCCAGAAGAGAGACAUCACAUUGGAGACCGUAGCCUCUCCCUGUGCAACAUGUUCUUGGAUGAAAUGGCUAAGCAGGCUCGGAAUCUUAUAACAGAUAUUUGCACAGAACAGUGUACUUUAAGCGAUCAGUUGCUGCCAAAGCAUUGUGCCAAAACAAUCAGUCAAGCAGUCAACAAAAAGUCAAAAAAACAGACGGGUAAGAAAGGAGAGCCAGAAAGGGAAAAACCAGGAGUAGAAAGCAUGAGGAAAAACAGGCUAGUGGUCACCAAUCUGGACAAACUGCACACAGCACUUUCUGAGCUCUGCUUCUCAAUCAAUUACGUUCCAAAUAUGAUUGUUUGGGAACACACCUUUACCCCGAGAGAAUACUUGACGUCUCACCUAGAAAUCCGCUUUACCAAGUCAAUUGUUGGCAUGACUAUGUAUAAUCAAGCAACACAAGAGAUUGCAAAACCUUCGGAAUUGUUAACAAGUGUAAGAGCCUACAUGACAGUGCUCCAGUCAAUAGAAAAUUAUGUACAGAUUGACAUCACAAGAGUGUUCAAUAAUGUUCUUCUUCAGCAAACUCAGCAUUUAGAUAGUCACGGGGAGCCUACCAUUACCAGUCUGUACACAAAUUGGUAUCUUGAAACCUUGUUACGGCAAGUCAGUAAUGGCCAUAUAGCCUAUUUCCCAGCAAUGAAGGCAUUUGUGAACUUACCUACUGAAAAUGAGCUGACAUUUAAUGCAGAGGAAUAUUCUGACAUCUCAGAAAUGAGGGCCUUGUCAGAACUCCUUGGUCCAUAUGGAAUGAAGUUCCUGAGUGAAAGUCUUAUGUGGCACAUUUCCUCACAGGUUGCUGAACUCAAGAAACUUGUGGUAGAGAAUGUUGAAGUGCUAACACAAAUGAGGACCAGUUUUGAUAAACCAGAUCAGAUGGCAGCUCUCUUCAAAAGAUUGUCAUCUGUUGAUAGUGUUUUGAAGAGGAUGACAAUUAUUGGUGUAAUAUUAUCUUUCCGGUCAUUGGCACAAGAAGCACUUAGAGAUGUCUUAUCCUAUCACAUUCCUUUCCUUGUAAGUUCAAUUGAAGACUUUAAGGAUCACAUUCCAAGAGAGACUGAUAUGAAGGUUGCAAUGAAUGUAUAUGAGCUCUCAUCAGCUGCAGGAUUGCCAUGCGAGAUAGAUCCUGCCCUAGUUGUAGCUCUCUCUUCUCAGAAAUCAGAAAACAUUAGUCCAGAGGAAGAAUAUAAAAUUGCCUGCCUUCUGAUGGUCUUUGUGGCUGUCUCCUUACCAACUUUGGCUAGUAAUGUGAUGUCUCAAUACAGUCCUGCCAUUGAAGGUCACUGCAACAAUAUCCAUUGCCUGGCGAAAGCGAUUAACCAGAUUGCCGCAGCUUUAUUUACCAUUCACAAGGGAAGCAUUGAAGACCGUCUCAAAGAAUUUUUGGCUCUGGCAUCCUCUAGCCUACUGAAAAUUGGUCAGGAGACAGACAAAACCACCACAAGGAACAGAGAAUCUGUCUACUUACUCCUAGACAUGAUUGUGCAGGAGUCUCCAUUCCUGACCAUGGACCUUCUGGAGUCUUGCUUUCCAUAUGUCUUGCUGCGAAAUGCAUACCAUGCUGUGUACAAACAAAGUGUCACAUCCUCUGCCUGAAUAUCAACUUAACUGGAGACAAUUAAGCACGCAUCUAUGUUGCCUCAGUUUUACUUGUAAACUGUGGAGCUAUUUUACUUUAUGGCCUGGCAAAGAGUUUUGUGGAUUAUAAACUUUUUCCCAAUGCGGUUGUAUUUCUGACCAGUGGUUUCUUAAUAUGGUUGUACUACAGUAUAAGCUUGGCUGAUUUUUAGGUUGCACAUUUGCUGAAAUUAUUCCUUUUUAUUUUAGAAUUUCAAUUAUGUUUAAAAGAGAGAAACACUAUUUCAGCUAUAUUUGUUUUUGUUUUUUUCAUAUUCGAUCAUGCAGAAAUCCUAAUGGCUUGUUUAUUUCCAAGAAGAACUCUAUUUAGUGAUUAUUUUCGUGUUCCUAGUUUUAAUCUGUGUGUAAAUUAUUUCAUAUAGGGAGAGUUACAAUCUGUACCUAUUGUUCUUAUCGAAAACAAGAAUUGGAUGUGCAUUUCUGUGAACUACAACAUUUCUACUUUUCUUUCUGAAACACUCACCCAAAUUAAUUAAUUGAUGCUAUCUAAUAUUUUAAAAAGUUUUACGACUGCUUAUCUUUAGACAACAAUCCUCUCCAUACAAUCUCAAACAGCAGCAAGUGGUUUUGUUUGUAUAAAGCCUACAUAGUGGAAUUUUUUAAAUACUAAUUUCCAUGGUGCCCCGUUGGCAUUAACACUACAUUGUACCUUGCUGUAUAAUAAACAUUCUUACGCAUUUAUCAAAUGUUGAUAAAAUGUUAGCCCUUUAACCACUUUUUAUAUGUUUUAAAUUUUUGAAAUUCAAGUGUACCUUCCAUUACAUACAAUAAACACUACACUGUGUUA